AUGUCCGAUAAAGAAGAACCCAGGUUUAAACUACCGACUUACGGAGCAUUAGUGCUAGAGAAUAAAGGUUCAGUUGCCAGAGAUCAUAUGGCCAAUGAAAGAACGUUUCUAGCUUGGUUAAGAACCAGCUUAACGUUUGUGACGAUUGGGAUUGGAGUGGCCCAGCUAUUUAGAUUGGAAGAGAAAUCUUCAAGAGUGAUGGUCAAUGGUUCCGCAAUAGAGUUGGUUUACGAUGACAAAUCAAAGAUAAUAAGAGGGUUGGGCAAGCCAUUGAGUACUCUAUGUAUAGUAUUAGGGAUUUGUACUUUAUUAAUUGGUAUUUUCCGGUUUUAUCAUACUCAAUUCUUACUAACUAAGUCGGUCUACCCAGCUACUAGGUUAGGAGUCGGGGUAAUUGUUCUUUUCAUAAUUGCAAUGGUUGUACUAUGUCUUGCAAUGUCGAUUAAAAUAGCCAUUGAUUAGCUUUAUUCAAUAUACAUAUUGGUUUG